CGUGGCAGGCAGAGGUUGCUUGGAGUUCUAAGCGUCUUGCUGAGUGUUUGUCUCCUGUUGUGUUGCAGCUAGUUGCCGAUGGAAGGGGAAAACGCGGAUUUUAGCGUGCAAGUGGGUGCGCGCGUGUUGGUGCGCGGCAAGUAUGCAGGGACAAUUCGCUACGUGCCUGAGCGCCGCACUGCCCUCGUUGGAGUCGAGCUCACUCGUGCACGUGGAGACAGCGAUGGAACUACAGAAGACGGCAAGCGCUUUUUUGAGUGCAAACCUCUACACGGAGCUUUCGUUCGCGAAGAGCAGCUCAGCGCUUUUUCGGAGGAAGAUGGUGCAGCUUGUGUGUUGCAAAGUGCCUGGCGGCGGUACAGCGCGUCGCAAAAGUUCCGACAUCUCGUGUAUUCACACGCCUGGAACCUACUGGAUAAUACGCAGGAACAACUUAACCUCAAGCGCUCCGAACAGUUCAAGUCGGCGGAACACACACUCGCACAACUGACCAAGAAACAGUCUUUGAACCGAACAGUGUCCGAAGUUGCCGUGUCGGAGAUCAAAAUUGAUCCGGAAUACGCCGGACCUCACCUGGUGUGGCCACUGGAGCUGUCAAACGUGUUGGAAAUCCUGGACUCGUUCAAGACGACGCAAAUUCUGCACUACAAAUAUGUGCUGGAGAUUCUCAAAGAAGGCGUGAAAUCUCUGGCUCCGUUGCCAACGCUGCAGGAAAUCACUCUCGUAGAAGGUGAAAAGAUCACAGUAGUGGGCGAUCUGCACGGCCAAUUGCAAGAUCUCUUCUCCAUCUUCUCCAUCAACGGCCUCCCCACUCGCACCAACAAAUAUCUCUUCAACGGUGACUUCGUGGACCGCGGAAUGUAUGGCGUUGAAGUUGUGAUGACCAUUCUUCUCUUCCGACUGCUGUACCCGACCAGCGUCUUCCUCAACCGUGGCAACCACGAGUCCCGUAACCAAAACUCGUGGAUGGGCUUUGAGGACGAAGUGUGGGCCAAGUAUUCAGGCGCUGACGAGGACGAUUUAGAGCGUCCCGCGCGAGUUUUCGAGUGUUUCCAGACCUUAUUCGAGUCCACUCCACUCUGCGCUGUGCUCCAGCAGAAGAUUUUCGUCGUUCACGGCGGUCUUUUCUCUCGUGACAAUGUCACGUUGGCACAUUUGCGUGGAAUUUCACGAAAGCGCGAACCUCCUCUGCACCAAGUGAACUUUGAGGAUAAAAUCUUCGAAGACAUGUUGUGGAGUGACCCGCGUCCUAUUCAGUCUCGUCAGCCCUCGGAACGUGGCGCUGGCGUGGAGUUUGGCGUGAGUGUCACUAACAAUUUCUGUCUGGUGAACAAGAUCGCGUUGAUUAUCCGGUCACACGAGUGCGUACUCGAAGGCUUCGAGAUCCUCCACGGUGGUCGCUUGAUUACUCUGUUCUCGGCCUCGAGAUACUGCGGCACUCAGAUGAAUAAAGGCGCGUUUUUGACACUGGGGCCGGAUCUUCAGCCGGAGAUCCAGCAGUUUUACGCGCACUCCAUCAACGAGAGCACGUUCAAGGCUCCUGAACAAGCCCAGAUGCAGGGAGUAUUGGAAGAAGAUACGCUGCGGAUGAUUGCGGAGCGUAUUUGCGACCACAAGGCGUCCUUGUACUGGUAUUUCACACAGCACGACGAAGAGCACAACGGUACUGUGCCUCGCUUGAUCUGGGCCGAAGCUCUGCGGUCUGUACUGCAACUGGAUCUGCCCUUCUUGACGUACCAACCGAAACUCGCGGACGUAGUGGACGAAACAUCGACGCGCAUCAAUUACUCGCAGUUUCUCGCUCGCUAUCGCAUUGAGAACGACGCGAUGGACAACAGUGGAUGGCAAGAGAGCAUUAUUGCUCUAAUCUGCAAGAAAUUGUAUCGCGCUAUGGGCGCUGGCGAUAUGCAACAAGCCUUCAAGGUGUUUGACGCUGACUCGAAUGGCUUCAUCGAGUACGAGGAGUUCCUCAGUACACUCAAACAAAUGGAUACCGGACUGUCGGACCAGCAAGUGUUUGCGCUAAUGCGUACAGCCGACACGAACGAUGACGGACGAAUCGAUUUUAACGAGUUUGCGCAGCGGUUUGAAGUGAUUUUCACGGACCAGGGCAAGAGCGAAUCCUCUCAGAAUUUAUCGUCCAUGUUGCCACCUCCGGCUCCGAUGGAGUUGGAUACGGGAACUUCUGAGGAGACGAAACCCGAGACUCCCAUAUUUACUCGUCGUGUGUCUUCGGGAGAUGAUCAAUCGACGUUCACGCCGCAGCCAGCAAGUAAUCUGGACGUGGAGACUAUGCAGGCUCUGUUGCAGAUUGGCAAGGCGCUGUUUGCGCGUCCUGGCUCGCUGCAGUAUCACUUUUACCACUUUGACAAGAACCAGGACGGUGUGCUGUCGCGUAGUGAGUUUGAGAACGCUCUGGAGCAACUAGGCUUCAACUUUGAGUCGAAUCUGAUGGACCGCGUCAUGGCGGCCGUGGACAGCGACGGAGGCCACUCGAUCGAUUACAAGGAGUUUGUCACGGCGUUCAGUGUGCAAGAUCUGAAGGAGCAGGAAGUGCUGGAGUCUGGGGACCUCACGUGGCAAAAUUCGGUGUUGCAACAGGUUUCCAACGUGUUUUACCAGCACCGCAUCCACAUCCGGAACGCCUUCCGCAUGUUUGACGCAACGAAUAGUGGCGCCAUCAGUCGCGACAAUUUCCGCACGGGAAUCCAAACUUUCAACGUUGUGCUCAACUCGCCACUUUCGGAUGAUCAGAUCGAGGAGUUGCUGAGUUAUCUCGACAGCAACAAGGACGGCGUGAUUAGCUACAAGGAGUUCUUCGACGGCUUCAGAGUCGUGGAUGUACGCGUUGACGAGGACAAGUCCUCGGAGGGGUCAAAAGACUAAAAGCUCGAAGCUUUUUUUUUUUUUUUGGCUCCUUGACGCAAAUGAUCGCAAAUACAUAGUGGAAGUUGGUUUUCCCAUGUUACAUUUGCACUUAGGUUGAUAAUUCUAGGGCGUUUUGGAUAUAUUUUGCUGUUGCCACGACUGCGUUGCGUCCAUCGUUUGUGCCACAAAGGCGCAGCUUCCUGUGCGUGUUGCCAUACUCCAG